GUCUGGGCAGCUCAAGACAUCAUCGUACGUCCUUAGAAAAUCCGAGAGAAGAUCAUAGAAGAAACCUCUCAGAUGGGUCUUCUGCAAUUUGGGCUUAUCUGCAUUGAUUUCCUUGCCUGGCCUAUGAUUGCUCUGGCUUAUCCUCUGUGUGCUUCAAUCAGGGCAAUUGAGACUGGUUCCAAGCAUCACAUGAGAAAGCUGGUCACCUAUUGGACUGUUUUCUCCAUUGUAUCUCUCUUUGAGCAUACAUUGAGAGUAAUGGAAUGGGUGCCUCUGUGGCCUUACAUAAAACUGGUUGGCACCUUCUGGUUGGUGGUACCUCGGUUCAAUGGCGCUUGUUAUGCUUAUGAUUGUCUUGUUAAUGCAGACUUGGGCGCGAAACUGCACUGCAUUCUUUCCCAGAUUAGCCACGCGCUUUUAGCUCACAAACACCUUUCUAUAGAUAUGAAAGCCAUGGAACAGACAACAGAACAAGGAACCGAGGAAACAAAGUCUAAAGAUUUCAAAUCCAUGGAACAGACAACAGAACAUGGAACUGAGGGAACAAAGUCUUUAGAUAUCAGAGCCGUGGAACAGACAACAAAACAAGGAAUUCCCGAGGAAAGAAAGGUUAAAAGUGCAGUUGACAACAUAGGAGAGAUGCAGAGACAAGAAACUGAGCCUCCAUUCGUGAAGGCAAUCCCCGGGGCCAACGCUGCAGAAGAGAAAAUUAUCCCCGAGAUAAACUCUUCAAAGCUAAUUCAGAGAGAAUGGACUUGUGCUGUGUGCCAAGUGACUACUACUAGUGAGCAUGAUUUGAAAUGCCAUCUUCGAGGGAUGAGGCAUAAAACCAAUUGCGCAGAGCUGAAACCAAUCAAGUGGGUCCCAGAACACCCGGGAUCAAAACAGGCAGCUAGUGUUAGUGCAGAUCCUAGGCUAUAUUGCAGGAUCUGCAAUAUUUGGUGUUCGAGGGAGAUUGACAUGUCGUGCCACUUGAAGGGGCGAAAGCACUUGUCUAACCUUAACCUCAAACAAACAAGUGUUAUGGUAGCAGAGAAGGCGACAGGUCGUCAAUACCAAGUUAAAAACGAGCCAGCAAGGCCGAACUCCCCAGCAAACGGAGGAUCAAAGCAGAAAACUAAUGGUAACGAAGAGAAGGCGCCCGACCAAAAAGGAAUUCGAGCAAAUGGGAAUAAUGCUAGUGUUGGUAAAGAUUACAAUCUAUAUUGUGGCCUCUGUAAUAUUUGGGCUCCAUGUAAGGCUGCCAUGGUGGCUCACUUAAAGGGGAAAAAGCACUUAUCUAACCUCAAAUAAAUGGGCAUUCUGAUGGGGUAAAACAUAUGCAUUUUGGAAAUUACUGCUCCAUAUAUGGGGGUUCUUGAAUGUAAAAUCUAAGGGUGUAUGGAACUAUGCUGUAAUUCUCAGCUUUGUGUAGUAUGCAAAUAUUGAGAAAUCUGGACUCUUCUGAUUUA